ACCUCCCCACGCAACACACACGCACUCAACAAAGAGAAAUCUAGACACUCACAUCACCAACCACCAAUUAACUACUGCCAUUCUUUUUCCUCUAUCCUUACCACAAUUUCCUCACUCCUUUUCAUUUUAUAUUUUUCUCAUUCCCACCUCCUUCUCUUUAAUUUCUUGGUCAAGUUCAUUCGUUCGGCUCAGUCAACAUAACUAUAAUAAUUAUAACUCCUCUCUUUCUUUCUCAACUCUCACAACACAAGAAGAUGGCUUCUAUCUCACAGGGCCUUCUUCUCACCACUGCCAUGCUUCUCUCCACCACCCUGCUUUAUGUUGCUUUCUCCAGGCCUUCAUUUCAAAUUCACCACUCUAACAAACCCACCUUGCGCUCUUGCUUGUAUUCAGAGGAAAAGAAAAGGGAGAGAAAGAAGAAGAAAAAGAAGAAAGUGAAAUUUGCAGAUAGUGUGAAGGAUGGAAGAGAAAGGAAUGAGCAAAGAAGCAACUGCAGAAGACAAAGUGGUGGAAUGCCAUUGCCAGCAAACAGAAUGGCUUUGUAUAACGGGAUUCUGAGGGACCGAGUGCAUAGAAUGGAGUGCUCUUACUAAUUAAGGAUAAAACGUAGAACAUAGAACCCUGUUCUGUUCUGUUACGUACGUGCUGUAGUGUACAUUUGUGUUAGGACUGAGCUGAUCAAGCUCUCUCAUUCUCUCUCUCUCUCUCUCUCUGAAUUUUCAAAUAUAAUUUUGUGUUGGCUGUUAAUACUUCUUACAAUGCAAAAAAAAAAUGAAAAAGAAAAGAUAUAUGUGGUAUUCUUGUGGUUGUAGAUACGUACUGGAUUUUGUCCAACUCCUUAAUAUGAAAUAUUGGGCAAAGUUUUGUUUUC